ACGAUAAGUAGAAUUUAAAUUUUAUAGGAAAUUUAGUAACCAUGAAGUGGUGGACCGAUCUUUGGCUAAACGAGGGAUUUGCCACUUAUAUGGCAAGUGUGGCAGUGGAUCAUUUAUUCCCCCAAUGGAAUUCCCUCCAAGAAGAAGGAGCUACUGAUAUGUUGAGCGUAUUUUCGUUUGAUGCACUCCGAUCAUCUCACCCAGUAUCGGUUCCCAUUGGAGAUCCAAAAGAAAUUGAUGAAAUUUUCGACACGAUUUCAUAUAAAAAAGGUUCAUCGCUGAUAAGGAUGAUGAGCCUCUUUUUGGGCGAAGAAACCCUCAGAGCGGGAGUAAGCAACUAUUUAAGGGAGCACAGGUAAUUUGUUAGAGUUGUUUUCAGGAGAUAUAUGGACUGAGUAAUAACUUACGAACUGUUGCCCAAUUCAUAUGAGACAGAAAGCGCUUUAACGAUGAUUUUAUUACGA